AGAAAUUCCUCCUCCUCACGGAUCGUAAGAUUGUCAGCUGGAGUAAGGGAUUAUAUCAGCGCACUUCGUAGCUUUCCGUCACUUUUGUAUCCUAUCGAAGCACUGGAUGUCACGACACAUUGGCAUAUUGAUAAUACCUGGAAGUCUGACUUGUGGGAGAAUUCAGUCAAUACAUGCAAUACCGUUAUUUCUGGACUCAAUUCCGAUAGCAUUUCGAGAUGCUUCUGUACUGCCUUAACUUUGAAUUUUAAGGCUCUUGAUACAAAUAUGGAGAAGAACCCAACAUGAAAUAAUUUUUAUAUAGUUUGAUAACCAAGGAACACAUCCUUCCUAUUAUUAGAAAUGGGAGAUCUAGAAGUCUUAGAAAAUGGACUUCCAAGCGUCCGUGCAAGAACUACAUUUGCCUCCGAGGGUGGCAUAGAACAAAUGGUAGAAGAAAUGAACCCAUCGAGGGAUUCCUUUUUGCGCAGGCUUAUGAGGAAUAUUCGGGAUUUUAAACUCAUCAGAAGACGCCGUAGAAGAGAUUUAGAACGCAUUGAUUCAUUUUUAGAAAAGUUCUCGAAUGGCCCGAAACCAGCAGACCCCACGAAUGAAAAUAAUUCUACUCAUUGCUGGGGAAGGACUUUCGUUGUUGAUCCCUCCGAAAAUUUUCACUAUCGAUGGUUAUCUGUGAUUUCAUUGGCCUUGGUGUACAACGUAGUCAUGAUAGUUGGGCGUAGUGUCUUUUGGGAACUACAGAAACUGUCUCCAACCACAUGGUAUUGCUUAGACUACUUGUGCGACGGAAUUUACUUCUUCGAUAUGGUUAUUCAUGCCCGUACAGGAUAUUUGGAACAAGGUCUUCUAGUACGGGAUUCCAAACAACUUCUUAAAAACUAUAUUCGUUCUUAUCAAGUCAAGUUGGAUCUUUUAAGUCUCGUACCUACUGAUUUAACGUACCUGAUCAUGGAUACCAAUUGUGACUUACAUGUGCCAUGCAUCGUCAUUUUUCGACUAAACCGGUUGUUACGCUUUCACAGACUGCUGGAAUUCUUCGAUCGUACAGAAACACGUACCAAUUUCCCUUACGCAUUUAGAAUAGCAAAGUUAGUGUUUUACAUAUUAGUCAUAAUUCAUUGGAAUGCAUGCUUAUAUUUUGCAGUCAGUUACUCAAUAGGGUUCGGAACCGAUUCUUGGGUUUAUAAUAUGACUACUCCACGCUUUUCGUCCUUGAGACAUCAAUACAUAUACUGUUUUUAUUGGUCCACAUUGACGCUAACAACUAUUGGAGAGAUGCCUCCACCAGUCAGAGAUGAGGAAUAUGUCUUUGUUGUAGUGGAUUUCUUAAUUGGUGUCCUCAUUUUUGCAACGAUUGUCGGAAAUGUCGGAAGUAUGAUAACUAAUAUGAAUGUCACUCGAUCAGAAUUUCAGAGAAGAAUGGAUGGAGUGAAACAAUAUCUAGAGUUCCGUAAGGUGAGUAAAGAGUUAGAAAAUAGAGUUAUCAAAUGGUUUGACUACCUGUGGAUCAAUCGACAAUCUCUUGAUGAAGAUGAUGUUACAUCAGUGCUACCUGAUAAAUUAAAAGCAGAGAUAGCAAUACACGUUCAUAUGGAAACCUUGAAGAGGGUUAAGGUUUUUCAAGAUUGUGAGCCAGGGCUUUUGGUGCAAUUGGUAUUAAAACUUAAACUGCAGGUGUUCAGUCCUGGUGACUACAUCUGCCGAAAAGGGGAUGUCGGUAAGGAAAUGUAUAUCGUAAAAAGAGGACAACUUCAUGUUGUUGGUGAUGAUGGUAAAAAGGUCCUCGCAACUCUGAGUGAAGGAUGUGUAUUUGGGGAACUUAGCAUUUUAAACAUUUCAGGCGUAAAGACUGGUAACAGAAGAACUGCCAAUGUUCGAAGCGUUGGGUUUUCAGAUCUAUUCUGCUUAUCUAAAGAAGAUCUAUGGAAUGUUUUGGCAGAAUACCCAGAAGCACAAAAAAUGUUGAUAGAAAGAGGGAAGCAGAUUCUUAUCAAGGAUGGCCUUCUUGAUGAGAAGGAUGCGAACGCGAAAGAUCUGGAGGAUUCUAAUCUUCAGGCCCGUUUAAAUAAACUACAAACAGCUUUUGAUAACUUGCAAACUAGGUUUGCAAGAUUUUUUAGUGAAUAUACUAGAACUCAGAAGCAACUUAAACAGCGGUUAUAUCGUCUAGAAACGAAAUCGAACAGGCCACUUAACGAUCAACAAUUAGCACAAAAUUUUACAACAGUAUCGCUGCGCACAUACAAACACAAAACUAUUUCAGAAUUCUCUGAGAAAGAGAAAAGCUAGCCAAUAUCAGAAGAAAUAAAUCGAGUUUUGAUAAAUUUCGUUUAUA